CCUACCGGUGAAGUACUGUAGAUCUGAAUUUCUCUUCUUUCGCCCAUACAAAGGAACGUGAUAAUAUCUGCAAUGCCAAUGGAAAGGGCUAAUGAAACACACAAAAAGCAAUGAAUAGCGAGAAAUAUCGUCCGACAGCACUCGACCUCAAUGCCCCAAUUCUAUCCACCAGGCGCCCUCCGCAGUCAUCUUGUUGCAUCCGCAGGGCGUCGUCAAGAAGAGGGGUCAGUGAUGGCAUCCCGUUCUCAUGGGAGCAAGCUCCGGGCAAGCCCAAGAAGAGCGCCGACGAAGUGAUGGGCGGCAGCUCGCCCAAGGAGGCGGACACGCCUCGCCUUCGUCCUCCGCCACAAAUGGUUGAAAAACCGAAAGGAUAUAUCACCGACGGCAGUGGUGAUGUUUCUUCGUUAAAUAAUGAAGAGGAUAUGUUUUCUAAUGCGGUGGAUGUGUUCUCACUGUCGGAGGCAAUAGAUAUCCUCGAGAGAGCUGAGAGAUCGGUCCACGCACCUGACGAUAACAUCGACCAGCUCAAGUUGAAGAUUGCAGAGUCGUGCGGCAAGGACGCGUCGCCCAACUUCAUGAUCAACCGGUUCCUCCCAGAUGCCAGUGCCUUGGCGCUGGCGGCGGCGUCUUCAGCCCUUACUAGUUACCAUCAUCAUCCUUUUUAUAGCGAGGACGAGACCAGGGACUUGAAUUGUUGCAAGAGGCAGGUGAGCUCAUCAUGUAGGUACAAAGAACAAGAAGUGGUAGCAUCAAGGAGAUCGGCAGCAGCAACACAAGCUAGUGGAGCUCAGAAAGGGUGUGGAAUGGAGAAUCUCUUCCUUUGGCGCAUGAAGCCCAGGUUCUGUGGUGAUCAUAAGACUUGCCAUGUUCAACCCUUCUCUACUGCCAAGCCCAAAAAUAUGUGAUCGCAUCUCAGAUUUUCUCUUCUUUUGGUUUGCUUUUGUUGGCUGAACAUGAGAAAAUGGUGUUAGUUGUAGUGAUUAAUAGGUUAUGUUGAGUAUUUCACAUGCAAUGCAUCCAUGUACAUUCGCAAAUUCGAAAAUUUAGGAUUGCGCAUACUAUAAUUUCUCAA